ACGCGGAUUAGUGUUUUUGCGUUUUUCCCACUGUCCGAAACUGCGGCCAUCGUCAGCGUUGUAGUCAUCGUCGUCCUCGUCGUCGUCGCCGUCGUCGCCGCCGCCGCUGCCGCGUCGGCCAUACUGAGCCACUAACACGGCGUGGUAUUGAUACCGAUUUUUUAAAAAAAGAAAAAAAGGUUACGCUCGCUCUAUUAUGUCGCCACUACGACGUGCGUGCAAGCAUUAUUAUUCACUUAAUCGUACGACACACGUGGGAUCGUACGUGGCGUACGUUUCCGCAGUUUCACGUCCCGCAAAGGUCUCACGUUUGCGCCCGAAAUCAUUUUCCAGGUCGACGACACCAGGGCGGCACCGUGUCCCCGAGCAAGAUGGCUUGCGAGGCGUGCAGUGCCAAGUUUACCUUGUUCAAGAGAAAAUUUACUUGUUGGCAAAUUUUCAGAAGCAAUGCAUGGACUGCUUGAGGUACUUCUGUUCCGAGUGUGUGAUCAAACGACUGGGCAAAGUGUUCACUUGUGACAGUUGUGGCAUACUCUCGAGGAGGCCACUGGUGAAAAAUCAGAUCAGGCAGAUGCGUUCAAGAGAUCUGCGCCAAUACCUCGUAGCAAAGAAGGUCUCUGUCAAGGGAUGCGUUGAAAAAGAGGAUUUGGUGCAUCUACUAAUGCUCUUUGCUAAUGGAACUGACCCUUGCUUGAAUACUGAUUACAAUAGAAGCAACAGGACACAAAAUGCUGAAGAGCCACAAGUUGAUCCCUCCGUGAACGCAACGGAGAGCAUGCCGAAUGUCAGCACCGCGAACGGCGAACCGGACGAGGAUGCACAGACGAGGAUGCAGCGCGAUCAAGCACGUCAGGAUGUCGAAAUGGAGGAAGCAGCGAGCGAGAGUGAGGGCAGUCCGAUUAUCAGCGUUCCACUCAGUAGCGACAACGAAAUACCCGAACCGAUAGAACCGCCGAGGAGCGAGAGCUUCGAGAUAGAGGAAGUGUUGGAGGGCGACGGCGCACCGACAGCCGAGCCUGGCGAUACCGCGGAGCCAGUAAUUACCGAGCACGUGGAAGUCGUUUCCGAGGCGUCGAGUGAGAAAAAGUCUGACAUGGUCACGGAAAUUCCCACGUGGUCGGACAGAGUACAAUUGUCGGAUAUAAAGGAGGCGUCGGACCUGCAAUACCUAAGCGUGAAACAGUUGAAAAAUCUGCUGAGUAUAAAUCGGGUGGACUACAAGGGCUGCAUCGAGAGGCAGGAAUUGCUGAAUCGAGUGUCCAGACUGUGGCACGACCACUACAUGCACUCUAAGCAGGAUGUGGAGAAGCUAAGCGAGGAGGAGCUGUGCAAGAUCUGUUGGGACGCGCCGAUCGAAUGCGUGAUUCUGGAAUGCGGGCACAUGGCGUGCUGCAUCAAUUGCGGCAAGCAGAUGUCCGAGUGCCCGAUAUGUAAACAGUACGUCGUCCGCGUCGUGCGGUUCUUCAAGGCUUGAUGGGAUGGCUGUUGGAGUGGCACAAGCUUGACCAUUAUUCUGCGAACCAACCGCCGCCGGACAAUCAACAAGGCUACUAUUAUCUCUGAGACUGACGGUAUUUCGAGCAUCCGUCUGACGUCAUAAGAGUGGAAACGAUCCACGAUAAGGAGGCGUGACGAGUACAAUCAUCGUGUUCUGCUGAUAAAUUUAUCGGCAGGUUAACGGUGAACGAUACAUAAAGUAUAUAAAUGAAUCCUGCCUCGCUCUUCGAUUCCGGUCGACUUUCGCGAGUUGGACAGGCCCAGUGAGUGACUUUAUUUAAAGCACAAUCCUAAAAUCGUUUGCUGAACUCUUGUGGAUUUCCAACGAGAUGUUUGUUCCGCUACAUAUUGAUUAGGCUGUGUGUCUCGCAAUGAAUUUUUGUAACGCUAGAGGAAGAGAGAGAGAGAAAGAAAAGAAUAUAGUUUUUAUAUGACACA